AUGAAAGAGCUGCUGCUGCGAGUGCCCUUCCUGCCCGGGGAGUCUGAUCUGGACCAGCUCACCAAGAUCUUCCAUGUGUUUGGAACACCCAAUGAGGAGAAUUGGCCGGGCCUCAAAGGGCUGCCGGACUACGUGCAGUUCAAGCAGUUCCCGGCGCAGCAGCUGCGGCACAUCUUCUCAGCCGCCCCCGACGACCUCAUCCUGCUGCUCGAGCGGCUGCUCGCGCUGUUCCCGCCGCGCCGCGCCGACUGCACCGCAGCGCUGCAGAUGAACUACUUCAGCAAUAAGCCCGCGCCGUCGGUCGGCAACAAGCUGCCGAUGCCCUCCAACCUGUCCAAGGUGGAGACGGAGAAACCCUCGCUCAAGAGGAAGCUUCUAGAGAACAUCGACGGAGGCUCGCUGGCGAAAAGACUGCAGUUCUAAUACUUCUAAUGCUAUCAUUUUUAAUAGACCGAAGUCUAAGUAAUUAGGCGGCUAUGGCCGGACUUUUAUGUACAAAAUAAUGAAGUGCAAUUCGGACUACAAAGAGAUAAUCUUUAAUUUAUCUUUUUAUUCAUAGGUUGUCUCUUCAACUUGCUAGUUUGUUGUCCUGAGUAAUUAACGCUAGGACUAUUUAAUUUAAGACAGAAGACAGUAUAAUAAACAUAAGUGAAAUUAUUAAAGGGGUGGAUUUUUUAAAUAAGCUGGUCUUUUUAGCAACGAAACAGUACAGAUGAGAUGCCUAAACGUUGGGGCAGGGAUACCUACUAAUAAACUAAAGGUUCCGAGUCGAUCGAUCGAGUUAUGAUAAGAUCAAAUAUAUUUUUGCAAAUAAAAUGCCCUUUUAAAAAAUAUCAUUGUC